GUUUGUAAUAGCAAUCUCUUCUUUUGCCUUCUUCUUCUCCUCCUUUGUCACUGCUGGCCACAUAACAAAAGGACCUUUCCAUCACCACCCAAUAGCUCCCCAGCACAUCAAUGAAGUACCAUUUUUUUUUUGGUGCCAACACAGUCAUUGUGCAACUUUUCUCCUUAUUCCCUCCAGACAAGAGAUUGCCCAAAAACAGCACCGACCUCAAUUGACAUCUCGUCAGUAAACAUGUAGUCUGCCCAUUUGACCGCUGGAUGCCAGGUCCCUCUAGCACAACAGUAGUUCUAUUUUAUUUCAUAUUAGUUUUGUCUUUUUUUUUGAGAAAGAAAAUGAAUCCCUACACAGUGGAGUUAAAACUGG